AUGGACGGCGAGCAUGGUCCUUUCGACGUGCCCGACUUCUGGCGCCCAUCUGCCUUCAGUCUGUCUGAUGCGCCUGGAGAGACUCUCAUCACCGACACGCAGUUCGAACUGCCCUUGAUCAACCACCAUUUCGAUGCCGAAUUGCAACUGCCACACCUGGACGACUUCGAAUUCGGCAAGCUCGACGACCUUUACCCCAACCAAGAGCCCCAUCAAGCUCCCACCGCCAUUGACCUCGAGACAUCUACGACAAGCCACUCCAACGAACUUGACGACUUGUGGAAGCUUGACCUCACUACCCCUGUUCAGCAUGCCUCUUUGCGUACAUGGGAAGCCUUUGCCCACGACGGCUAUACCGAGUCACCCAUCUCGUACCUUUCCGAUGCUGGUCCCCGCGCAUUCGAUGCCCUCCAGCCUGAUAACACCAACGUCCUUCGAUCUGCUUUCACGCUAAAAUCCCUGGCUCUCCUGGGCCUAGGCAGGUCGUCCACCCUGUUCCAAUGGAAGAAAGACGACAAGACAUUUGUGCCAACUAUUGAUAAUGCGCGCUUGUCUGGUUUGAGCAGCACUGCCUAUCAAAGUCUACUUCAUCAAUUGACGGCUGUUGGCUGUGCUUUUGUCGACUUGAGACAAUUUGUCCAGUCUUCAUAUACCAACAAACACCCCUUGGCUGCCCGCGUUGCACUUGCGACCACUGUACAGGCUGUGCUAGAAGCUCUCGAUCAAAACUUGUCCGACCGAGUCCUGGCUGCCACGUCUUUCCUACAGCUCCUCGCUUACUUCGACACCCCCGCUGUUCUACUGAGCGAGAUGAGACAUCUGAUCAACGCCACCUCAGGAGCGAACACCGAUACUGCUUUCCUAUCUGCCUGUCAUGACACUAUCGAUUGUUUCACCAACGCUUGUUCUCAAUUUCAGGACCUUCACGCCGAGAUAUUGAAUCAAGUCUCUCAGCCAUGGCUUCAAGCCAUCUGUCAGAAGACCGGUCUGACACAUCAACACUUCGACUUGCCCGUCCAGGACGAUAUAUUUGAGAAUAGUGCUCAUAUUUCUUCUGAAGACAAUGCACAGAUUACAGAAGUCAUGACUGGCAUUGCUAUGUUGAAAGACGCUGCACCUGAUCAUCCUCUGUUGUCUCCUGCUUCUUGGGGUGUUGGUAGUUCCGAACUGGAGCUAUCCCAAACAUCUGUUGACUUUGAACGGAUUGUUGAGAAGGCGAAUAAGUACCAACAGGACCUUCUAUUUGCUAUGUCUAAGUAUAGCAAGGAAGACCUAAAGCCGCGUGACGCAGAUGCUCAGCAGCAACCAUGUCACCUCACAUCAGAGCAGUUGCCAUGGAGUCUUGACGAAGGUCAGCAGACCUAUUUCGAGAAUGUGGGAACUCGAUUUUCUGAAGCGCCUGCAAAUACGGCUGACGCAGUUGGCAUUCGUCUUCUGGUCGCGAAGAUGCUCGAGACCGAGAGCAACAAGGAGAGCUCAAGUCUCGACCUGCGACAUCUUGAGAGGACAACACUAAAUCAUCUAAAACCAUACCUUGGCGUUCAAAGCCGCCUCCUAAAUGGCACCCUCCUACGUCUUCUUCUUCGACAAUUUUCUCUGCGCGACAACCUCGCCUUGAAUCACUCCUUCCACCUUCUAGGAAAUGGCCUCUUCGUCCAGCGUCUCACAACUGCAUUAUUCACUUCCGACACCAAUGCACGUGGGUUACGUCUAGAUAAUCGUUCCAAACAAUGGCCACCAGCAUCUUCAGAGUUGCGGCUCGGCUUGAUGGGUGUGUUAUCUGAAGCAUAUGGUUCUAACGACAUACCCGGCAAUCUCUCUUUUGCUAUCCGCGAACUCAAUGAUGCCGAGAUUGAGAAAUGUCUGGAUGCUAACAGUAUCCAUGCGCUUGACUUUCUGCGGUUGAGAUAUGAAGCUUCUACGCCGUUGAAUGUGAUUUUUGACGAUAAUGCAAUGGCGAAAUAUGAUGAUUGUUUCCGCAUCUUGCUGGGUAUGCUCAGAAUGUUGCAUUUUGUCACUUUGCUACGGAGCACCGCACGACAAAAGCCUAGUUCAUCUGCAUUACAAGCUUUUGCUCACGAGGCUUGGAGUUGUGUAUCCGGACUCGCAUCUUACUUCUUCGACAUUGGUGUUGCUGGUCCUUGGAAAGAGUUUCAACGCAUGCUUGACAAGUUAGAAGCAGAUCUGGCGCUUGAAGACGAAGAAGGAAUUUUUGGCCAACGAGUGACUUUCGGAAUCUCGCAUUUGCGCGACAAGCACAACGAUAUGCUUGAUACCAUUCGCUCUCGCCUCUUCUUGCGCUCUCGCCACGACAAGUUAAGGAAGUGCAUUGAAGAUAUAUUUGGUCUUGUCCUUUCUGUCCACCUGGAUAUGAAUGAUGAGCAGUUGUUGUGGGAACAGAGGGAUGGGCUUCGAAAACUGCUCAUGGGGCUAACAAACGCAUUGAAUGAGCUUACGAGAAAGAUUGGCAAGAAGAAGGUCUUAGGCACGCAAGACAGAGAUGAUGUGUUUGCAGCUGAAGUCUUGCGAUUUAGAUUGGGUGGAGAUUGA